AUGGACAGAUAUAAUGCUGAUGAGGAGAAGAAUUUGAAUUUUAUAACCCAUAAAAACCGUGGUGCUGAAAAUAUGAAUUCUAGAAAUAGAAAAAGUAGUUUUAUUGAAUUCCAGUAUGACAAAGUUGUAAAUAAUGUGUUAGGAUUAUUCAAGAAACAGAACAAGCAAAGGUUCCUGUCAACGUCAUCUGCCUUACGCAAUGACAUGCAUGAACAAAUUUUAAGUUCUCGGUUAUUCUUAGAUUUAUGUGAAGACAGGGAAAUACUCUUACAUAAAAUAUUAAAAAAAAUAAAUAUUUUGAAUUUAAUUUAUUUUCGCUUUUUAAAAGAGUCUGACAUCGACGACGUAUUCGAUUUGCACAAUGAGCUCUUUCCUGUAAAGUACCACUCCGAUUUUUACUUUAGCAUUUGCAAUUUUGCGGAUGAUAAGGUAAUAGACGACGAGGUUACCAGAGUCGUUGAGAAGAUUUCCCGCUCUCUCAGGAGUAAUACAGGCUCCAAACGGCACGACGGCGUAGUCAAGCCGAAAGAAGUGAACCGGGGCAGAGGGGGAAGGAACGGAGACGGUUGCGGUGUAUGUCUUAAGGGUGGAAGCGCUAACCAAUCCGGCCCUGCACCGAUUGAAGAGAAAAAUGACGACAAAGUAAAGCACCGCGCCACCUCUCCGCAAGGUGAAGACAAUCAUAAAAUGAAAGGAAAGGAAGCCGAAGAGAGUGAAGAAACGGAGAAAAAUUUAGACGAGCACGAAGAUGAUUCAGACAAUAUUUCAAAUAAAAAAUUAAUGAACUUGGAAGAUUACAAUUCGUCAAAUAAUUUCGUGGACGCGAAUAAUGAUGGGCGGAAAAGGAUAAAUAAAAAGUGGAAGGAAGAGGAAAUAUUCUCCAUAGGUGCCUUCCUUCCUUUUUCAUUUAUUGAUUAUAUAAACAGUGAUCAUAUUACUAAAUUUCUGAAGAGUAAAGCAAUAGAAAAGGUAAGUGAAAAGGAGAUCCUACUCGAUUAUAUUAAAUUUAUUGACGACAGUAAUAGGUUGCGUAAUGGUGGAAGCGACAUGAAUUCGGCACACACACCCCAGUCAGUGGAGAAUAUGCAGUCGAUCAAUACGACCCAUUCGGAUGACCCCUGCCCAUCGGAUGGUCAUGUGCAUUCUGCUUGGUGUUCUCCCUCAGAGAGCAGAACAAAUGAGAGAAGAAUGUCGCCGAGUAAGCUAAGCACCAAGGCAAGCAAUUUGACAAAUCCAUCUUCUAAAUGUUUGCCCACGAUUUGUAUAUCGGAAAGCGCACAGAAUGAUUCCCCUGUGAGCAAAAGCGAACAAGAAAUGUAUAUGAACAAUAAGCAUAAGGAUAGUAAACAUGACGCAAGUACAAGUAAAAAGAAGGGCACGCCCCACACCUGGGUCCCUUAUGAAAAUGGACACGAUACGUGUAGGUACAACGGAACUCAGCUGGAAGAAUAUAUAAAAAAAAAAGAAGUCUUAAAGGACGAAAACAGCCAGGUAGAACAUAAAAAGGAGAACAAUGCGAGUGACGAACUCGAUGAUAAAAAUCCUGAUAGAAGUAACAAUUUCAAAAAGGAGGAGUACAUUAAAAAGUAUCCCCCAUCAGUGGAUGCAACGGAAAAGGAUACGAAACAUAGCGAUGCACACAGCCUUAAGAAUAGCAGCGCUUGCGUGUCUUCCCUGCAGAAGGACAAAUGCGUUCAAAGCGACGGAGGGGAUGGAAGCGGGAAGAAGCAUGGUGCCAUUCAGUUCAACAGUUAUCUAGAGAAUCUCCACAACAAUAUGUAUGAUGAAAAUAAUAGCAACAUUCAAAAUAUUUACAAACAGUUGAAGGAAAAAAACAUUGAAUAUGAAGAGAGAAGUAACCCCAUUCUCGGGACAGAACAUGUGAUAAGUCGUUUGAGAGAUAAAAUAUGCUUAAGCAAAGAAACGCUCAAUUUGUACAAUCGUAAUAAAAAAAGAGUGAAAAAAAAUUACCUCGUCGGAAGUGUGUCAAAUCUGAUUAACUACCAAGAUGCUAGAAACGAAAAGGAUUUUAUCAAUAUAUAUAACCAUUUUAAAAAAAAAUCGAAUAACUCAACCAAGGGCAAGAACUACUUAAAAUAUGUGUAUGAUUCGUCUUUGAACUUUUUAGAGAAUUAUAUCCCCCUAGAUAAAAAUGGAAAUUCCAGCGAGAGGGAAAAAACGGCAAGCAACUUCCCAUCGAAUAAUCUGAAAAAGACGGAUCAAAAUGAACAAUCCAACGGAAGCACACUCCAUACAAAUGACAGAAAUGAUAAAAUGAAAACACAGUUUAGCGAUAUGCUAAACCAAAAUGGUGAAAAGAUACCUAACUGCUCCUCACAUCCAUUCGAUCAGGAAAGAAAAAAACUCAUACGUCUACACAACGUGCUGAACGACUUAUCCGUUUUGCGAACGCAACAUGUUAAUAAAGACACAAAUUUUGAAAAGAAAUUAUAUGAAGAAAUUUAUAUGAAUGAAAAUAUCAAAACGAUGACCAAAAAAUAUACUAAAAAAAAAAUUAACAGUAUUUACAUUUUAACAGUGGGAAUAAGUGAAUACUUUAGGGGACUAAAUUUAGCUUCCUAUCUCAUUGAAUACACUGUGUUUUAUUUCUAUUUUAUUAUUUACAGAAUAUUUCUGUACAAGAGUAAAUUUUAUUGCUACAUUGAUAAUGAUAUGUUUUAUAGCAUUUCUUCUAGCCAGUUAAAUGACGAACACCAGAACGAUUUUUUCGACGAGGGUUUACUCACGGAUAACUCGUCGGACGAUUUCUACUCCAUCCUGAGUGAUGAAAAAUCGUUCUCCGAUAGGGACUACAAGAGGAAGAGUUUAAAUGGAAAAGAAGACAUGUGCAUGUGGGAAACAAGGAAUUGCCUGGAAGCGGAAGGGAAACCAUCCGAUGGAGCACCACAUGGUUCUACUAGGAGUUCGCACGAACACUUGAAUGAACAGAAAAACGAAAAUAAGUGCGUCAAUCCGAAUUACUCUUUGCAGAAAGAAGAUUUCGUCAGUGCUGAAACGGAUGACGAGAAUAAGGAAGCGUCAUCGAAUUUUAAUAAUAAGUCCCCCCUGUGUGGUAAUUAUCCAACUCAGCUUAACACCCGUCAAGCAGAUGAACAUAGGAAUAACAGAAAGGAGAGUCACCAAAUGAGGGACAACACCCCACGCACGUCUAAAACGUACAAAAUGAAUAACAUGAAUAUUAACGCCAAUCACGGAAACAAACGCAAAAACAAGUGGGGCACCCAGAAGUCCAAAAAUUAUAGCAUUUCUAAUGGAGUUCUACGGGAGUGUUACAAACAAAUCAUACUGAAUGAUUAUUUGCACCACCUGUAUGUUAUUAUUCGAAAUAAAAACGCGGAGAUGUUAGCAGAGAAAAGGAAACAAAAUGGAGAAACGCAAAGAAAAGAUCCUUUUCCUGCGUUCUUUAAAUUUCCCCUAUUUAAAAAUCCCCUGUACAACACAAGCCUUAACAAUAAAAUGCUGGAUUUUUUUUUAAACAAUUUUUGUGCCUUCAAUUUAAAAGACAGACCAUUUUUUCACCUAAAAAAGGUGAAUGCAAACAAGGUUUGCUUGGAUUAUAAUGACGAUGAGGAUGAUGUGCCCCUGCCUCUGUACAUGUACCUACAUGUCAUAGAUUAUAAUAAAGCGGCCAUAAAUUUGUAUAACAAGCUAAACUUCGAUUAUAUUUGCACGUAUGACAAUUUUUAUGAUAUAAACAAAGUGACCUUCUCUUCCUAUUUGUAUGCAUAUUUCUUUUAG